AUGGAUAAUGUAUUCUCUAACGGGCAUGGUUCCUUGCUGAUGGGGACACUGCGAAGCCCACCCCUCUUCCAACUGUCGAGGGCGAUGAAGAGGAUGAGUGCAGAGACUUGGGGAAGGAGGAGCUACAACACAGGGAGGACGGCGAAGAUUGGUGUCUGCGUGGUCUAG